GGCGAGGGAAGUCUAAGCGGCCCGAGGUGGCUCCCCGGGAGCAGAGCGAGCGACCACCCCCCGGGCUCGUCUUUCCGUCGGUGGCGAUCUUAGAAACUAGAAUGAAUCGAAGCAUUCCUGUGGAGGUUGAUGAGUCAGAGCCAUUCCCGAGUCAGUUGCUGAAACCGAUCCCAGAAUAUUCUCCAGAAGAGGAAUUGGAACCACCUGCUCCAAAUACAAGGAACAGGGCACCCAGCAGCCUGUCUGGACUCCAAUGCCCUCCCCUGAAACUUGCAAACCACCAGCCUGUGUCACAACAGGUCACCUGCCUGCGAGCUAAAGUCCUGGAGGAGGGUAAAGCCAGUUUCUUUAGAAGGCACCCUGAUCUUGGCAAAGAUGUUUCCUCGUGGUCCUCCGAAGCCAGCGAGUCUGAGUCUGAGCUUGGAGCUCUCCCUCCAGAGCAUCGGUUUACACUUACAGAAAAACGCAAUAGAUGGCUGGGAUCUCAGCUUUCAGCAGCUUCUCCCGACACUGGCCACGGCUCAGACAAAUCGGACCCAAGUUUACCUAAUGCUUUGGCAGACUCCUCCAGUGAUGGCCAAGAGAUGAUACCCCUGCCCCAGCCCCGGCCCCGGCCCCGGCCCUGGCCCCACAGGAACAGGGCAGCCCCAGAUGUGCCCACGAUAGACACUGGCUAUGAUUCCCAGCCUCAAGACGUCCUGGGCAUUAGGCAGCUGGAGAGGCCAUUGCCCCUCACCUCCUCAUGUUACCUACAGGACCUCCCUGGGCCUCUGAGGUCCAAGGAAUUUCCUCAGUUUGAACUUCAGAGGUAUCCAGGGAACGUACAGAUGCUGCCUCCCAACCCCUCUCCACAGGCUCCAUGGAACUAUCAGUACCAUUGUCCUGGAGGGCCCUAUCACCACCAGGCGCCAUAUGGUCAUGGCUACCCUCCAGUAGCAGCCUACCAGCAAGUCGUCCAGCCUGCUCUGCCUGGGCAGGCCCUUCCUGGGACAAGGGUGAGAGGCCCGCACCCUGUGCAGAAGGUCAUCCUGAAUGACUCCAGCCCCCAGGACCAAGAAGCGAGGCCUGCACACAGAGACUUCUCUUUCCCGAGGCUCCCAAGGGACCAAGUCUACCACCCACCAUCUAAUGGAGCAGAAGUUCCUGAGGAGUCCUUGGACUGCCCUGCAGAGCUGAGACCACAUGGUCCCCAGGCUCCGUCCCCAGCUGCCGUGCCGAGACCCCCUAGCAAUCCCUUAGCCCGAGGAACUCUGAAAACCAGCAAUUUGCCAGAGGAAUUACGGAAAGUCUUUAUCACUUAUUCUAUGGACACAGCCAUGGAGGUGGUGAAAUUUGUGAACUUUCUGUUGGUGAAUGGCUUCCAAACUGCGAUUGACAUAUUUGAGGACAGAAUCCGGGGUAUUGAUAUCAUUAAAUGGAUGGAGCGCUACCUUCGAGAUAAGACAGUGAUGAUAAUCGUGGCAAUCAGCCCCAAAUACAAACAGGAUGUGGAAGGCGCUGAGCCGCAGCUGGGCGAGGAUGAGCACGGCUUACAUACUAAGUACAUCCAUCGGAUGAUGCAGAUCGAGUUCAUAAAUCAGGGAAGCAUGAACUUCAGAUUCAUCCCUGUGCUCUUCCCAAAUGCCAGGAAGGAGCACGUGCCGACCUGGCUUCAGAACACUCACGUUUACAGCUGGCCCAAGAACAAGAAACACAUCCUGCUGCGGCUGCUCCGAGAGGAAGAGUACGUGGCCCCUCCCCGAGGUCCUCUGCCCACCCUUCAGGUGGUGCCCUUGUGACGACAGCCAUCUCCAGCUCAGGGCCAGCCUGUGCUCACAGCGUUCUUCUAGCCUAGCUGGUUGGUGGAAGUCAGCCCCUGCACCUCUUCUACAGUCCCCCGCACCUCUUCUACAGUCCCCUGCCUCCUGAGUCGGAGUCGUCCUCACGUCCUUCCGGGGCUUCAGUGCGUGGACGCUGCAGGUGAUGGCAGCAAACGCCUGUGACCACAAAAACUCUCCUCACUUCAGCUACUAUUAUGAGCUGGCCAGAUGCUCCGUGUCCUCAGACCAGUCUGAAUCAAGUUCAAAUAAUAAAAUGAUGAUUCUUUGUAAGAA